AAUAGACUAACUUUCAUUGGUUCAGUUCAGUUAACUGAGCAUUCAUGGUCAUUGGAUAGUAAAUAGACUGCAAUUUCAUAAUCGCCAAGUUCCUUGAAGGAUCGCCCGACAGACAUAAGAAAAUACAACGUAUAAAGCGACAAAACAAAGAAACGAACUGUUUCACGACAAGAACAGGGAAAUUGCUGUAUCCGAAAUAAUGAGACGAAUCGACUUAACAGGAUAAUAUCGUCUAGAUAUACAUCAUAUGCUGUCGGUUUUCACAAUUAAAUUAGACAAAACAAGGGAUUUCUUAAACUAUUGUGAAGACGGGAAUAUUAAAGCCCAUAAGUGACUUUGAACAUACACGAAGUGUAUACACACAAUGGCUGGUGAGACAGUAUCGCCACCUAUUGGAGUAGAUUGUCGAAGAGUGUGUGUGACUGACUCUCCACACGAAGGAACUAAACUAUGGACUCAGUGCGCUUGUUGGGAAGGGUACCAUAACCCAGGUCCCGCAACAACAGCACCAAACACAUCUAUAUCACCGAUGGACGUUAAUGGCAGCCAUACAAAGCCAAGCAGUGAGAACAUAAUUCACAUAUUAGUGCCAUCUAUUGUCAUGGCAGUCAUCAUUACUGUAGCGAUAGGUGCUGCUAUUAUACUCUACAGAAAGAGACGAAAAUCGUCUGCAAAUAAGAUGAAAUCAAAGGCAGCUUACAUGAAGGUUGAAAACAGCUACGAUUAUAAUGGUCACAGUGGAAUGAAUGGGUCAAGGAACAACAAUGAUAAAAGAGGGGAUAUCUAUAAACAGCCAUCCAGGCAAACAGAAACAGCUGAACAACAAGACUACAAAGCUAGAGUAUCAUUCCUAAAUAACAAGGAAGAAACACAGUCUCAUAGCCCGGGUGGAACCAAACGAACACUCUUAGGGAAAUUCCCCACAUCCGGCUCCAAGGGACUUCAAGAUAAGAUCCUUGAAAUGACGGAGAUCGUAGAUAUCGAGAGCGACCAGGAAGGAUCGCCAAUUAAAUCUAAACGAUCGAGAAGCACCGAGAGACGGAGCGGGAAUACAUCCAAGACAUCUAGGAACUCAUAUGCACAUUUACCAACGGAUAGUAAAUAUCACAGUGGAAGCUUUGGAUAAAUAAUUCAUCGUAAUUACAAAAUCCAAUUAAAGUAUCAAAGUUAGUUACUGCUUAAAUCGGAAAAUUAUUUAUUGAAGAGAUGCCAAUUAUAUACAACAUGCAAAACUGAAUGCCACAAGAAUUAUCCCUGCAGAAAAUGAAGUGACAAGCACAGACUGACAUAGUCUUUCUUAAUCUUAAAUAUAUGCAUGAAUAUGAUGCGGAUCAUAGGAUAAUACUAAUAUAACAAGGCAUCGUCAUCCGUCCAGUAGUUCAAAAAAGGAAUGGAUAGCAGAAUUGCUUGUAUUCAUUGAAAGAUGGCAGGGUAAUCCAUCUUGUCUAUCAAUGCCAUCUUUGUUAGAAAAAUGUUUAUUAAAGAAACACAAUUCUUAACCUGACCAGAUUCUGUCGGUCUAUCUUGAAGUGGCAAUAAAUACUAGGUAUGAAUAAAGAGUAAGUUUCAGACAAUUCUACAUUGUCGUUUGCUCUCAUCAUUCCAUGUCAUGCCCAUUUUCUACAGUCCAAAAGUUCUGAUUUUAUUCAAGAUAAUCUAUUCUUGAGGUUACCUGUUUCUGUAAUUGAUCUUUCUCAAAAUAAGGAGUGCAAAGGAAACGCUGACACACAAGUUUGCUUCCGAAAUUUCCCAGUCUUUAGUCUUUGCUGCCACUUUAACUUCCAGCCAUUGGUUUUCUACAGCCUUGUGUCAGAAACUAAAUGUAUCUGCUCUGAUGUGUAAUGAUCUCUAAUAAUUAUAGACUACUAUAUGGAUGCUAAAACUACAAAUGACUUGAAAUCUAGUUGAAACAGAAAGUCACUAUAAAUUGUCGAAUAAUCUUAUUCAGUUCCCUUUUCAAAGAAAUUAGUCGAAAA